AUGCUUUCUAAACUAUUUAGGCCUAUUAAUUCACGAGUGGGUUUAUUGCUCGCUCCUAAGAUCCGCGUCAACUAUCCUAUGAGCAGGAGGCAUUAUGAACUGAUUCCGCCGACUCAGUACGACAUGCCCACGCCGAAGAAGUUUCAGUUCGUGCACGUGAUGAGGAACUACUGGGAGGUCAUCCCGCUGUUCCUGGUGACGACCGCCAGUCUGGUCAUGAUGGUGGACGUCGUAUUUUCCAGCCACAGUCGCGAUAACAUCUCCCGGACGAUGGAUCUCCGCAACCCCUCGGUCCACAAGAUCCUCACUAUAAACCAGCGUUAUGAACCCUGGCCCGAGAUGCAGGACUCGUUGGACAAGAUGGUGAUGGCGGAGAAGAGGGCGCUGGUGAGGCUGCAGUCGUGCAGUCACGCCUAG